AUGAAGAUUCUCUGGGCGACCGUGUGGUUCCGCGGGCACCUCCUUCAUCAUCUUGACCUCCUCACUGGGACGACAAUUAAAGAGUAUUCACUCGUCAACGUCCAGUCCUCUCGCCGUAUCCCACACGACCAGCUCGGACCCUUUCAUGCGCAAGGCCCAGUCUUUGCCUGGCCACAACUACCCUCGCAGGCUGUGCUCGUCUGUCUCGCCACGUCCUCAUGGCUCGAUCCAGAGGAGCUCCGGCUCCUCGUCCUUCCCUUCGUCCUGUGCUUUUUGUCCGAGAAGAACGCCGGGAGCAACGGCAGCGACAGUCUCGUGGCGGGCGAGGAUCCCCAGGCCAUGAUCGCCAAGGCCCUCAAGGUCCUUGCCGUGGCCAACAAGGACAGAUUGCACCACCCGAGCUUCAUCCAGCCAGCUGCCCACCACGCUCGGUGGGCGCAUGUGGGCUGGUGCGUCAACAUCAAUCUGUUUCUGGCUGCCAACCCGUCCCUGGGCACAGACUUGUCAGAAUGCAGCGCCCGUGUGGCCGUGGGGUCGGCCUAUUGCACGGGGCCGACGUACGAAUGGGCCGAUGCGAACGCGAACACGGACAAGGACACGAGCUAG